UCUGCAGGCCGGCGGCGAGAGCCGGAGCAGCCCGCCCGAGGUCAUGAUGGGCAGCUUCCUGUCGAAGGAGAGCCCGACACAGCCGGACAUCAGCUCCAAGGAGCUGAGGAGACGCUACAAGCGGCCGAAUCCGCUCGUCCAGACCCCCCACAAGAGACUGUCAUUUGGGGAACACCUGGCUUCAGCAAACCGAUUUGCAGCCACUCCCCGCCGACGGUAUCCAAUCCAGCAGUUGCAGUACUCCAUCCCUGGGACUCUGCCAACCGUGCGGUGGGAUGGCUACCAGAAGAAGAAUGUUUUGUCCUCCAGAAACUCAACCAUGGUACACAGCCCAGUGACUGUCAAAAUUGCGCGCCCCGAUGCUAGUAUAAUCCGAUCACCUUUGUUCGCGCAUAUGAUGCUCUCCCCAGUUCUGCCUCCUCUAACUGACCCUUGCUCAAAGGAAACUGUGCUCAGUGCACUCAAGGAGAGCAGAAAAAGAAUGGUGGACGAAGGGGAAAGAAUACUGAUUUCUGAGCAGGAGAACAAACGCAGGCGCCAUGAUAGCAGCGGAAGUGGUCAGUCUGCGUUUGAACCUCUCCUGGCUAACGGAGCCCCAGCUUCGUUAGUUCCCAAACCUGGAACCCUGAAGAGAGGCACCAACUCUCAGUGCUCGGAUGACCCCGUCUCCAAGCGGUCACGAACGUCAUCCAUCAGCUCGCUUAACAGCAUGUACGUGGGCGGGACACUUACGUCUGCUCGCAAUCCCAUCUUCAGCUCCUACAGUUCCACCCGCGGCCACACGCAGGGUUUGAAGCACUAUCUCUCUGUUCGGAAUGCAUCUCCGCUCUCGAGCCCCGGGUCUUCACGUUCACAGACACCUGAGAGACCGGGCAAGAAAUCAAGAGAGGAAGAAGUUCAAAGGUCAAACGCCUCCACUCCAGUUCGGGUCGACAAGGCAGAGAGAGAUCAGCCAGUGGAAGAGGAAAUGGCCUCUCCUCUAUCAAAACAGUCAACCUCCACUGUGGACUCUCCCACCUCCGAGGGUGAUGGCAAACGCAAGCGGAAGGUUCCUCUUCUGUCCAAGCGCAAAGGCGAUCAGCUUACUCUGCCUCCUCCACCACAACUUGGGUACACUAUCACGGUGGAUGAUCUGGACUCCGAAAAGAAGGCAGGUCUGGACAGGAUCAAAAAAGUGCUGGAAGAAAAAGAAGAACCUUCAAAAGCACCAGCUGCUGUGACAACAGUGACACCCUUACCAACGACUGUUUUCACAGCUCCGAUUAUAACAACUUCCGCACCCCCAACCACAACAGCAACCUCUGCCCCGGUCACCAUCUCCGGUCCUGUCGCCUUCUCCAGCCCUGUCACCUUCUCUAGCCCUGUGGCCAUCUCCAGCCCUCUACUGGACACUCUGAAAAAGAUGCAGAAGCCCUCCAGCCUUGCUGCCACCUCGGAAUCUGUUGCUGGAGUGACUUUAACCAGUGCAGCUAAUGCAGCUAAAGUUUCCGAACCUUGCUUCACAACCACCACAAUGGGACAGAUGCCCACCCCACCCCCAGCCUACAGCGCUGCAACAAAGCCGAUUCCCACUUUGAACUUCUCGUCUCCCUUGAUCUCCCAGCCGCUUGUAAAUCUUGUCAAUCAGUCUCCUGCGCCCCCCACCAUCACCAGCAACAGCAUGUCCCAGAUCUCUACUCCAGCUCCUACACAAGAAACGGUUGUCAGCAAAAGCCCUGAAACCAAUAUUACCGUGUGUGCCAGGAGCGUGGCACCUUCAAGCACAAGCUUUGGCCUGACGAGCGCAUUGACCUCAAUGGCGACGGCCACUUCUACCCCGACCCUCUCAUCUGUCCCUGCAUCUGAGUUUAAACUGGUGUUUAGUCAGCCAACAACUGCUCAGACUAGCACUGCAAGUCCAGCAUUGAACUCCAGGGUUCCCCUCACAUCAUUAGUAAGCUCGGUAGGAACGAUCACAUCGCCCGGCUCAGCUACCUCAUCAAUGGCAUUCAAACCUGUCUUUGGAAAGUCUGUCCCACCUGCUUCUUCAUCCUCACCAUUCACAUUCAGUCAGUCAUCUCCAGCCACGCUCAGCAAUGAAACCGCUGCCCUGACGACUUCUGUGACAUCUCAUUCCACCACCACCUUCCCUUUUGGGAGCUUCAAUUCUUUAGCGGGAUCCAAGACUGAUUCGGAAGCGAAGAGUUCAAAGGGAACGUUCAGCUUUGGCUUGAGUGUUCCUCUUUCUACAAAGCCUAGCGCAGUCUCUUCUGCAAGCAACAACUUAGCAGCCCAGCCAUUCCAGUUUGGCCCAAACCCGACUAAACCCAUCACCACUGCCACCAAUGCUGAGCCCAGUGCCAUGUUCCAGUUUGGGAACACCUCCGCCGAUCCAGUUCCCUCAUCAGCUGCUCCACCAGCUCCCACGUUUGGUCAGCCCAAAGUGGCUGCCAAGGACUCAGCAGUGAGCACGCCUGCCACCUCGAAGAUGUUCGGAGGUUUUGGAGCCACAGUAUCUGCUCCCUCCACGACUUCAGCAAGCCAGCUCCCACUGAGCUUUGGCAACUCGUCAAAAGCCUCUUUGUUUGGCAGCACCACAGGCACAGCCACGCAGUCCUUUGGAGGCCAGUCGGCCCAGCUUCAAUUCGGAAAUUCUGGCGCCCCACCACCAUUCGGUGUCAAUGCUGUUACAGCUCAGCAAACUCCCACCAAGGCGUCUGCCUUUGCGAACACCAGCACUCCCUUCAAUUUCGGAGCCUCUCCUGUCCAGCCGGCCUUCCCGAGUACCACGGCACCAUCUACCUUUGGAUCUGCCAGCCAGUUUGGAGAGACGCCAACCGUGGCCGCUCAGGCUGGAUUUGGAACCAAUUCCACACAACAAACAUUCGGCAGCACCACAGCAGGAUUCUCCUUUGAUACCAACACCUCUUCCACCACCACCUCCUCCUCUUUGUUUGGCAACACAACCAAGAGCUCGGCCAGUGGUGCUCCGGCCUCCAUCUUUGGUAGCUCUUCCCAAUUGCCUCUCUUUGGUUCGUCCAGUCAGCCGACCGUGACGAAUCCCAACACAGCAACACAGGCAGGCUUCAACUUUGGAGCCGGUCAGGGUGGAUUCAGUUCUUCGAGCACUUUGGUCCCGUUUGCAGCUUCCACCUCCACAGCGUCAUCUCAGAAUAUGUUUGCUUCACCAUUGACUAGCCACGGACCCACCAACCAGGCCACUCCGCAGUUCAACUUUGGAGGUUCAAUAACGACUGACAACAAGCCUGCUUUUGGAGGGUUCAACUUUGGAGCUGGCAGCAUGAAUGUUGGGGCUGGAUCUAAUGCACCGGGCUUUGGGCAGAAUACCCCAACUAGUGGCUUUUCCUUUGGAAACCCCGGUACUCCGGUCACAAACUUCGGGAAUCCGGUAGCUGGAGCAGCAGCAGUAGCAGCAGCGACUCCAGGACUCCCAACCUUUUCCAUAGGAUCUGGACCUCGACCCACAGGAGCCAGACAGAGAUUGCAGGCCAGGCGGCAGCAUCAACGGAAGAGAUAGACAGACAUUGAGGAUGUGAAUAACACAAUGCAGAAGGACAUCACGUGUUAGCUGUCUGAGAACCGUACCACUUUUUACUUUUGUACCCUAAACGAUGGAAGUGCAGGCGGCAACUAACCUCAGAAACUCGGAAUAUACUCUGAAGAAGUCCUGUAUAAAGUUAGGGAUUGGGGGAGG